CGAAUGCAGAUAUUGUUUAAGUGCCAUGAACGUUUAAUGGAUGUAACUGAGUAAAUGCUUUUAUGUCUAGAGAGGUAAAUUAACAAUGGAACUAGCCUGACAACAUUUGCCAAGAAUCUGUAUUGAAUUCAUAAUGUUCCGGAAAACAGUUUGGAGGAAAACAGGGAGUGAUGUGGUCAAUUCACAUCAAGAUCGAGCGCUGAAUACCACAAUUUUCAUCCUCAAAGAGUUUGGACCGAUUGGAUUUCUCCUAAAAGAGGAUGGGGAGUCCAAAAAUUACAAAGUCUGUUUGGGAGAUCCACAUUCGUGCACCUGUCCUACCUUUCAGAAACAGAAGGAUCUCUGCGUACACAUUUGCUGGAUUUUAAUACGUAAAUUUCGACUUCCAAGAGAUCAUGAAUACUGUUUUCAGUAUGGUCUUGUGGAGAGACAGAUCCUAGAGCUGUUACAAGGGCUUCAUGUAAACAAAACUGUACCCCCUAAUGACAGGGGCAGCUUGGGCUCAUCAUACCCCGAGGCAACUGAAGAAGACGGAAGUGUCAGACAGAAAGACAUUGAGAAAGAUGAUAUAUGUCCAAUCUGUCAAGAAGAACUUCUGCUGAAGAAGUUGCCUGUGACCUUCUGCAAGUUCAGCUGUGGAAACAGUAUCCACAUUUCCUGUAUGAAGGUGUGGGCUGAUCAUCAGACAAAGACAGACUCGCAUACCAUGCUGAAGUGUCCACUCUGUAGGGAGGACUUUAGCACUUUUAAGGAACUAUUUGAACAGGUGAAAAAUGCCGGUGAUCUGUGUACCAGUUGUGAAAGGGAGCGUUUUGACAAACACCUUGGAGUUGUGUGUAACAGUUGUAGGUUCUGUCCUAUCGUUGGGAAAUGUUUCAAGUGCACAGAGUGCAGUUUUUUCCACCUGUGUGAGGAAUGCUUUAAGAGGACCUUCCAUCCACAGCAUUGCUUCAUCGUUCAAAUGAAAAGAGGUCAGCUAUGGCAGACAGUUCCUCGCACAAUGGAGGAAACACAGAAGAUGACACAACAUUUCAUGGGUAGUAGCAGCAUGUCUGGUGGGACAUGUGAUAUAGUCCCGAACCAUGUAAUAAAGAGUUUGCCAGUGGUGAAGGUUCGAAAAGAGUCCAGACUGCUUUAUCCAGGUGUUCAGUGCAGAAUCUGCCUUUCAAGCUUUAAAUUGGACCAGAAUGUCAGAACCCUACCCUGCAAACACAAGUUCCAUACGGGGUGCAUUGAUCCAUUACUCCGCAAGUCUAACUGCUGCCCACUGGACUGGCAUGUCAUCUACAAUCCUCUUACAUGGAAUGCCAGAGGUAGCUGGAUGCAAAGCGGUUUGGCUCCACCAAGUGUUGAUCAGAGCAAGCAGUUUUCAGAGUUCUUUCUCCCAGGUAUUGGUUUACAGGUUCAUAAGGAUAAUGCUGCAUCUCAGCUGAGAACAGUGAGAUCUAUGCCAUCAGUGGAAGAUGCCAGUCCCUCCUGUGUGGGACCACUCUCACAGGGCUUUCGGGAUCUCUGCAUCAAUAGUUCCCACAUAGAACCACACUCCAGAAUUAUGAAACAGAGGUCUCUUCAUAAGGGCUUGUCUUUGGGAAAGGCCAUGCCUACACCAGCUAAGAGGAGAGGAUUCAUCUCAAGUAGGCCCUCAACAUUUCACCUAACUUGUUUGAAUGUCCAGUCAGCAUUGGCCAGCACAAAGACGGAUAGAGGCCAGCAGAGACUCAUUGGGGGCAUAAAUGAGCCAAGCAGCAAAAGCCCAGUUUGUGGCAGGAUCAGACCGCUAAAGGAUGAUCCAUUAGGACAGAGAGCAAGGCCAGAAGGGGUAGAUGUAAAGGAUCUUCAUUUCUGGAUGAGGAACAACCCUAUCAACUUGUGAGAAAACAUGAGUAAAGUGAAAAAUAUUCUGAACAGUUGUCAGCUUUAUGACAUGACCAACCUAGUCUCAAAGAAUCACAUUACUAUAUCUAAAUUUUUUGCAAAAUUAUGUUCGUUGUUCGUAUCGUGGCAGUUGCCUGGUGAAAUGAACACUAGAGGCGAUAUAACAACAAUCACUUUUAUUCCCUUUUACACAAAUCAAAUGGCAGAUUAUCAGUUCAGAAAAGCGUGCUUUUCGCCCUGUUCCUUAGACAAUGCUAUCUGAUGACAUCAAAACACUUUUACUGUAGUGUAAUGUGAUACAUUUGAACAUUUGCAUGACAUAAUCAACUUAAUUUACAAGCGCAGUAGCUCAACUAAUAGAGCAUUUAACUUGAUCAGGGUUCAUGUCAUAAGCACCACAAAAUGACGUGGUCGCUUCAGCAAACACGUUUUUCAUGUCACAUUCGCUUUUUUAUGAAACUAUCAGUUAGGUUUAGGUUUAAAGGUAUAGUUCACCUAAAAAUGAAAAUGAUCCCAUCAUUUACUCACUGUUAUGCUGUCUCAAACUCGUAUGGCUUUCUUUCUUCUGUGGAACACAAACAAAGAUAUUUUGAUGAUAUGAUGUUAAUAUAGCCAUACAAUACAAAUCAAUGGGGACCAACACCUCCAAGCUCCAAAACAGACAUAAAGCCAACUUAAAGGUAAUCCAUAUGAUUUAAGUGGUUUAUUCCAUGUCUUCUGAAGCGAUACGAUCAGUUUUGGGUGAGAAAUAGACCAAAAUGUAACUCCUUUUUCACUAUUAAUCUUGACAUCUUUAGGUGCGAUCAUGAUUUAAAGCUUGAUUACACCUGAUGCAUGCGUAGAGCACUUUAUGCGCACUCUGCCCAUGUACAUGUGCUGUACAUGUGGUGGUUAGUUUAAAGACCAGCAAAUUAACUCAGGAUUACAAGUACAGCUGUGAUUCUGUAAAGCCUGCCUGAAUGACAGGUUUUAAAAGUUUAAUCCUUAUCCCCAAAUAAAAUGUUUUUUUGUCCUUCACUAAAUGCAAAGAAUUUUAGAUCGAAAUGAAAGAUUUCAGAUCAAUCCUGAAUUCGUUAGCCCAACCUAGAAAA